GAAUUGCCUUCUGUUGAGAUAUCGUCCUCUGAAAUUGAAGAAAAUUAUUAAAAAAAAUGCCGAAAAAAAUUAAAAAAUUAAAUUAAAAUUAAAAAUUAAAUAAAAAAAAAUUAAAUUUUAAUAAAAUUUAGUGAAAAAACGAAAAAUUACGAUGGUCAAAGACCGUUUAGACGAAUUAAAGCGCACAUGCAGAUCGGGCAACGACGUGACGCUGGAUAUUGUCGUAACGAAGGAACAAAAAGACAUUUUAGUGAUAUUAGACAAGUUUUCAGAAAUUUCUUCGUGGAUUCAGGAGAUUAAGGAUAAUGUUGAGUUGAUGCGCGCCACAAUUUCCGAAGCUGCAUUUCACUACAAUGACAAAGGCAUACGAGAUAAGAUGAAGCUGCGGAUAGAUGAGAGUUUAGCGAAUUGUAAGAAGAUCCAUUCGGCAAUCAAAGCAAUGGAAAAAGAGAUUGAUGAGAACGACCUCAGCACAUUAUCCCGUAUCAAAAAGAUCCAAUUUCUGCUGAUAAAGGACUUUUACUUGCGUACUUAUAGCGAGCACGAAGAAUUUAUCAACGCUUAUGAGGAAAAAGUGAAAAAAAUCGCCCAAAUGGAAGCCAAAAUCAUGUCAGUUCCAAUAACUCCCGAAGAAACGGAAGGCUUGCUCGCCAAUAAUUCCGGCAAUCAAUGCUUCGUUGGCAACUACGUCGAAGAAACGGAAAAAAUGCGUCUCGAAUUGCGCGAUCUCAUGACGCGACACAACGAAUUGAUCGAUUUGGAGCGUUCGCUCACGGAAGUCCGCGACAUGUUCAUCAAAAUUUCGACUCUCGUGAUGGAACAAGGUGCCAUGAUCCAAGUUGUCGAAUAUCAUGCGCAACAGGCGACGUUAAAUGUCGAAUACGGCGCCGAUCAACUGGAAAAAGCGCGCGAAAAGAAAAUCAAACGACUCAAGACCAAAAGUUGCAUCCUCAUUUGGGUGACGGUGAUACUCUCGCUUCUCAUUGUGAUUUUACUGUUUGCGCCGUAA